CUUAGAAAAAGAAGAGAAAAAAGGGACUUUCUAUAUCUGUAGUGAGAGUGAACAGUAUAGUCAAAUAGUGCAGAGAAGACCCGACUAUAAGCCCUUUCUUCCACUCUCACUCUCAGCAGAGCCAAAAAAAAUAAAAAUAAAUCUACUGCUCAAAUCAGUCGGCACCAUCUCAUAACGCGCCAUCAUAACGCGAUGGGCUGUACAGCUUCCAAGCUCGACAACGAGGACACUGUAAGGCGGUGCAAGGAGCGGCGCCGCCUCAUGAAAGAAGCCGUCCACGCUCGCCACCAUCUGGCGGCGGCUCACGCCGAUUAUUGCCGUUCGCUUCGUGUUACUGGCUCAGCUCUUUGUUCUUUCGCUGCUGGUGAACCUCUUUCCGUCUCUGAACAAACUCCCGCGGUGUUUCUUCACCCUCCGAAUCCUCCGACUUCAUCUACUAAUAGUGUACCGCCACGCGUCGUUCCAUCUCCAUCGCCUUCUCUUCAUCCGCCUCCACCACCGCCUGCAUUUUCACCAUCUCCGUCUCCGACAAUAGCUAGUUCGAAGCUGCCUCAUAUUCUCUCUUCUUCAAGCAUGAAAUCUGGUUCUAAUCGUCUGCGUAAGCCGCCAAAACAUAAGCUGCCUCACAUAUUAUCGGAAUCGAGUCUUGCGUCUUCUCCUAGAAGCCAGAAAUCAAAUUUUAAUUAUGAAUAUCCUACGGCUUAUCAAGCUAAUUCAACUUAUUCAAAUACACCUUCGCAAGCGUCCUCUGUUUGGAACUGGGAGAAUUUUUACCCUCCUUCUCCUCCCGACUCCGAAUUUUUCAACCGAAAAUCACAAAACCAAAAUCAAAACCAUCACUUAGACACUGAUGACGUGGACGAUGAUGAACCAGAAACGGAAACCGAAACCGAAACUGAGAAAUCCGAGUAUGAUUUCUUUCAGUUGCAACACAAGAAACACAACUUUCACAAUAUGACCAAUAAUAACGAUGAUAGUAUCAAUAUCAGUACUAACACCAAUAGCAAGCAGCAGCAGCAUAAUAGUACGGCCGAUGAAGAAACAGAGAGAGAAGAAGUUCAGUGCAGCGAAUGGGGAGAUCAUGAUCAUUAUAGCACAACCAGUUCAUCUGAAGAAGGAGAGGAAGAUGAUGAGGAUAGAGAGUCCAGAUCCGAGAUCGGAACCCGGUCGAAUUUCGGGUCAUCGGUUCGGGCAGAGUCAGUUAAACAACCACCGGUUUAUGGAAAUGCAACAAAAUCUGACGAGGCCGGUUCAUCGGCGAGUUAUAGAACGGGAGAGGUCUCUGAUAUGAAAAUGGUGGUUAGGCAUAAGGAUUUGAAAGAAAUUGUUGAAGCUAUUAAGGAGAAUUUUGAUAAGGCUGCGGCUGCUGGGGAUCAGGUUUCGGACAUGCUGGAAGUCAGUAGGGCUCAGCUUGAUCGGAGUUUCCGCCAAUUGAAGAAGACGGUGUAUCAUUCAACUAGUAUGUUAAGCAAUCUAAGCUCGAGUUGGACUUCGAAACCGCCACUGGCAGUUAAAUACCAGCUUGACACCGGUUCGUUAAAUGAACCGGGUGGCCUGAGAAGUCUUUGCUCCACCAUGGAACGGUUGUUGGCUUGGGAGAAGAAACUCUACGAGGAAGUCAAGGUUAGAGAAGGCAUAAAGAUUGCGCAUGAGAAGAAGCUGUCAACACUACAGAGUCAAGAGUACAAGGGAGAGGAUGAUGCGAAGGUAGACAAGACCAAAGCUUCAAUAAAGAGGCUGCAGUCUCUAAUUAUUGUUACAUCCCAGGCUGUUUCUACCACCUCAACUGCAAUCAUUGGUCUUAGGGACACAGAUCUUGUCCCCCAGCUGGUUGAACUGUGUCACGGAUUCAUGUACAUGUGGAGAUCAAUGAACCAGUACCAUGAAGUUCAGAACAACAUUGUGCAGCAAGUGCGUGGCCUUGUCAACCGAUCAACCAAGGGUGACUCAACUUCUGAACUGCACAAGCAGGCAACUCGUGAUCUCGAGUCAGCUGUUUCUGCAUGGCAUUCCAGUUUCUGCCGCCUAAUAAAGUUCCAAAGGGACUUUAUCCGGUCUGUCCAUGGCUGGUUCAAGCUUACUCUUCUUCCUGUUAGCGAUGGCAAUGUGAAUAGCAAUGUGGAACAUUCCGAUGUAUAUGCCUUCUGCGAUGAGUGGAAGCUCACUCUUGACCGUGUCCCUGAUACAGUUGCUUCUGAAGCCAUAAAGAGCUUUAUCAAUGUUGUUCAUGUGAUAUCUCUAAAACAAAAUGAGGAGCUUAAAAUUAAAAAGCGAACUGAAACAGCUUCAAAGGAGCUGGAGAAGAAGGCUUCUUCCCUUCGAAAUAUUGAAAGGAAGUUUUAUCACUCCUACUCUAUGGUUGGUAUUGGGAUGCCUGAUACUGGAGCUGAUAACGGGCAGGUAUUGGAUGCUCGGGAUCCAUUGGCUGAGAAGAAAUCUGAGCUUGCAGCCUGCCAGAGGCGGGUGGAAGAUGAGAUGUUGAGACAUGCCAAAGCGGUGGAGGUGACAAGAGCUAUGACACUGAAUAAUCUUCAAACAGGCUUGCCGGGGGUUUUCCAGGCAUUGACCAGCUUUUCUUCCUUGUUUACUGAGGCACUGGAAUUGGUAUGCAACCGUUCAUAUGCCAUAAAAUAGGUGCACAUGAUUUUUCUAUUUGGAUUUUUGAGGUAAGUCGGAUAUCAACAAGGGCUGGGAAAAUUUUGGCUGUGGGCUCUUAUGAUAAUAGUCAUUAUAAUCACUAUUAAUUUUUUUGUUGGGGGAGGGGAAUUUUUGACAUGUAAAUACUUGCGGUUUUGGCAUCCUUUGUUCUGGUGAAAGGGGAGGGAAGUGUGGGUGUACAGGAUCAUUCGCUUUGGGUUGUUGUAUUAGAGGUUCAAAAUUUCAGCAUAUGAAUAAAUUAUACGCAUUCUACUCAGGGUUCCCCCUUUUGUAAUUAAAGUUAAAAAUAUAUGUUGCCUUUUUUCUUUUUAAUAAA